AUGGUUUACGGGCUUGGCGAGGCGCUGAAGAAUCUUAACAGUUACUGCCAAGAGAGAACUACUCGCAUUCGAAACUCUUUGUCUCCGUCCAGGCCUUCGAUGAGUGAGGCGACAGCGACAGGAAGCAGUAGCAGCUCAAGAGCAUCCACUACUAUUCCUUCAACGCCUAACAUGGAUGUGACACCGACUGUGGAGGAUCCACGCCAGAAUGACAAUAACGCUUCAGGAAUGACACGUGACGAAUUCCGUCAAUACGGAAAGGAAACAGUUGAUUAUAUUGUGGAUUACUUGGAAAACAUUCAAAAGCGACGAGUUGUUCCUGCUAUUGAGCCCGGAUACCUGAAAGAUCUGAUUCCAUCGGAAGCACCAAACACUCCGGAAUCAUUUGAAUCUGUAAUGGAAGACUUUGAAAAGCUCAUCAUGCCAGGAAUAACUCAUUGGCAACAUCCGAGAUUUCAUGCUUACUUUCCUGCUGGAAAUUCAUUCCCAUCGAUUAUCGCUGAUAUGCUGAGUGAUGCAAUUGGAUGUGUUGGAUUCUCUUGGGCGGCUUGUCCAGCAAUGACGGAACUUGAACUUAUUAUGCUUGAUUGGUUCGGAAAAAUGAUUGGACUCCCAGCAGAGUUUCUUCCAUUGACUGAGAACGGUAAAGGUGGUGGAGUAAUCCAAUCAAGUGCUUCAGAAUGCAACUUCGUUACACUUUUGGCAGCAAGAUUUGAAGUGAUGAAAGAACUUCGUCAGAGAUUCCCGUUCGUAGAGGAAGGGCUUUUGCUGUCAAAGCUUAUAGCUUAUUGCUCAAAGGAAGCCCAUUCUUCCGUUGAGAAAGCUUGCAUGAUUGGAAUGGUAAAACUACGAAUUUUGGAGACGGAUUCGAAAUUCCGUCUGCGUGGAGAUACUCUCAGAAAUGCGAUCCAAGAAGACAGAAACCUAGGACUGAUCCCAUUCUUCGUUUCCACGACUCUUGGAACCACUUCCUGUUGCUCGUUUGAUGUACUAUCCGAAAUUGGUCCAAUCUGCAAAGAAAACGAGCUAUGGCUUCAUGUUGAUGCUGCCUAUUCCGGUUCGGCGUUCAUUUGUCCCGAAUUCCGUCCUCUGAUGAAUGGUAUUGAAUAUGCAAUGUCUUUCAAUACUAACCCCAACAAAUGGCUUCUUAUCAACUUUGAUUGCAGUACAAUGUGGGUACGUGAUCGUUUCAAACUCACACAGGCUCUUGUCGUAGAUCCUCUCUACCUGCAGCACAGCUGGAUGGAUAAGUCUAUCGACUAUCGUCAUUGGGGAAUUCCUCUUAGUCGAAGAUUCAGAUCUCUCAAAUUGUGGUUUGUCAUUCGAAUGUAUGGAAUUGAUGGACUGCAAAAGUAUAUUCGUGAGCACGUGAGAUUGGCUAAAAAGAUGGAGACACUUCUGAGAGCGGACGCCAAGUUUGAAAUCGUCAACGAGGUUAUCAUGGGACUUGUGUGUUUCAGAAUGAAGGGUGAUGAUGAGCUCAACCAAACCCUUUUGACUCGUCUCAACGCUUCUGGGCGGAUUCACAUGGUUCCCGCAUCACUGGGCGAUCGUUUUGUGAUCCGCUUCUGUGUAUGUGCCGAAAAUGCAACAGAUAAAGACAUUGAGGUCGCCUACGAAAUUAUUGCACAAGCCACUCAACAUGUUCUUCACGACAGUGUAAAAGCUGUGAUCGCUGAGGAAGAUGAAGAAGCUGUGGCUCUAGAGGAGAUGGUUGCUGAUUUGAACAUUACUGAAACUCCUGAAAAGUGUCUUACUCGACAGAACUCGGCAAAUGCAGCUGAGAGUGGUCAAAAGUUGGAGAGGCAACUAUCGAAAGAAGAGAUUCUAGCUCAAAAACAACACGAGAGCCUUGCGAAGAAGAGAUCCUUCCUAGUUCGUAUGGUUUCGGAUCCCAAAUGCUACAAUCCGAAAAUUGUUAGACAUCUCAACAUGGCCAACCAUCGUAAAAUGAGUCAAGAUCUUUACCGAGACAGAACUUUGAUGCAAACUAUUUCGCAUUCUCAACGUCCGAAUCGUUUAUCACAAUCACCAGGUUCCGCGGGAUCAGCGUUUUUCGAUGACGAUGAUGAUCGUAUUGUAGCCGAUGUGCAAACUGGAUUGCAAACCCCAAUAUAAUAACAUUAAACAAUUUAAUUAUAAAGGAAAUAUAGAGAAGUAGAUGGGAUAAUUAUCACAAUAAAGAUGGAAUA